AUGAGCAUCUUUAAAGCUUCAAGACGCAUCGAAGAUCGAAGUGUUUACCGACUUAUAGGCUGGCUUUGUCAAGUACUCCAUCUGGAUCUUAUUAUAAUGGCUGGUGUAACUAAGCACCGUAAGUUUGACGAGGAAGCAGAGGCUCUGAAAGAUGUUCCAGCUGAAAUACCAGAAAACGAUGUUAUAGAUCGAAGCUCCGAUGAAGAGAGUGAGGAUGAAGCACCUGAAGAAGAGGGUCUUUCAAGCUCAAAAAGCCUGGUCGAAAAGCAGGAAUUGGAGAGGCAAAAGGCUGCGGAGCGCGAAGAGGAAGUUAUGAGGGAGAAAAGACGGAAACAAAACAGCAGGUUCACCGAGCAGCAGCAUCUGAAACGUCAGAAACAAAUGCAGGAAUUUGAAGCACUGCUGAAGCAGCGUGAACAGGCUGAAAAACAAGAAGACGACGAAGACGCCGUUCCAGAAGAACUCCCGGAAAAUUUCUUUGACAAUCUAGACCAACAAGACGCUGGCCAAAUAACCACCAAACCAACACAUGUGAACUUCAAUGACUUAGAUGACGAGAACUAUUCCGCCGAGAUCAGAGAAGAGCUUCAAAAACAGAAAAAGAAAACUUUGCGCCAGCUGCGGAAAACGACGGUGAAGCGCGGUCCGGUCAAGGUGAGACUUCUGGCGUCAAUGAGCACCGUUAAGACGUUGGCACCUCAAAAGGACAACACGGUGCUGAACAAAAAGGACAAGUGGCUCAAGAGGAAAGCUUUGGGCCGCAAGCGUUAG